AUGAAGCGCCACGCUCUGAGUUCGCCGCAGUCGCUGCCCAAACGUCGGGCGCUGGCGGCGCUGGCGUACCGCGCCACGGCGUUGGCGCUGUGGAUCGCGUGCGGCCAGUGUGCCACCCUGUUUGGCCUCGUCGCCACCGCGAUCAAGCUGUUUGACCACGCCGUCGCCCACGACGACACUGACCUCGAUGCCCUCUGCGGGUUGGCCCACCUGCUCCGCCUCAACGAUAUUCUGGCCAACGAGACUGUCGGCAGCCAGCGCGCCAUCGACCGCCUUCAGCGGGCGCUUGAACGGCUGCCACCGUUGCUUAACCUGCCGCGGUUGUUUAAAGAGUUGGCCGAGUGCUACUUGCUCAUUGGCCUCAACGAACAGGCCCACCUGGCGAUCCAGACGGCGAUCCAGCUCCAGGAUAACGACCCGCUGUUGUGGCUCCUCUCGGCGCAGACGCUUAUUCGAGUGGGCGCCCGCCAGCCCGCCGGCGCCGCCCUUAACCACUGCCUCUCGCUUUUGCCGAAACUGAUGCGUGAUUUCAACGACGCCGACGUCGAAACGGCGCGCGCCGCUCACGCCGAACUCGCCGCGAUCGCCGCUGCCGACGGCAACAUCGAGUUGCUGAUCGCUGAGCUCACUGCCACCUUGGCGCUCCCGGCACCCCCCUUGGUUCGCCUUGACGAGCACAUUGCCCUCUGGUGCGCCCUUUGCACCGCUAAGGAGCGCGCCAACGAUAUCUCCGGCGCUAUCGCCGCCUGCGAACAGGCUCAGCAAGCGGUGGGCAACUCGCUGCGAAUUGUGAUGAACCACGCCUACUUGUUGUUGCUUGAUGGCCAAGUCGACAAGCAGCGGGCUACCAAGGCGAUCUCCCUCCUUAGUAACAUCGUCAAUCUUGACAAAGAACGCGAUGCUCUUGGCUUCGACGGCACCCAACUGUCAGCGCAGUCGCCCAACCCCGCGGCCGCCGGCGCCGGUGGCCAAGGCGCCAGCGCUCAGGGCGCCGACUUUUUGCCGUGGUACUUAUUAGGUCGCGCCUACCUGGUUUUGGAAGAACCGCGCUUGGCCUACGACUGCUACCAAGUGGCGCUCCGCAGUGCCCUGAACUCGCCCAUCACCUGGCUCGCGGUGGGUAAGCUUUACCUUGAGCUCAAACAGCUCCCCGAUGCCCUUGCUGCCUACUCGCAAGCGCUUCGUCUUCAGAUGGAAGAAGGCUCUCCCGGUACCGCUACUGCCUGGGACGGCUUGCUGUGUGUCUACGAACGCUGUGAUGGUCAGCUUGGCGAUGCUGCUGAUGCUUGUCAGCGGCUGGCGGCGUGUUAUCGCGCCAUGGGCGACGUUAAGCUGGCACAAUUUUUCGACGAGCGUGCGGCUCAGCUCCAGAAAGCCGCCGCGAACCAGGCGCCGGUGCCCGAGUUACGGGAACCACCUAAUGUCCCCGAGUUCUUGCUCCGUGACUUGGUGGCGCUCUUGCCCAGCGAGCGCAUCGCUUUCAUCCAGGGUGGCGAUGCCGCUAACGCCAAUGCUGGUGCUAAUGGUGCCGCUGCCCGCGCCCCGAUGACGCCGUCGGCGCUGAUUCAGGCGCCUCCCCCGGCUCCCGCCACCGCUACCGCCACCCCCUCGGCGACGACGACCACACCCAGCAUCCGCGCUUUGACGAACGGACCCGUGCCCACUACAGCACCGCAAGUGCCGGCGCCUGCGCCCUCAGCGGGGCCUCCCAACCCGGCGCUGGCGCCGCGUCCGGCACCGGCGUCGGCAGCGGCCACUCCCAGCGCCCCCUCGGCGGCGCCAGUGCCGCUGGCGUCUACCAACGGUCCGGGAGCGCCGCAAUACCCCCUUCCCCUCCCGGCGUGGCUGCCCCAGCACCAGUACCGUCAGCAGUACACGGCUACCCCCCAACAAGGGACGCCGCAGCAGUCGCCGCCGGCGCUCCAUCAUGGCCACCCCCAAGGGGCGCCGCAACCGCAGAUGGCGCCGGCGCCACCUGGUCCUCCUCACUUAGCGCCGGCGCCGGCGCCCCCCGGCCACCCCCAACCGCUCCCAGGCCAGCCGUACUACUUCCCCGGAGCGCCGCCGCAACAGUACCCGCCACCGCCGCCCAACGGGCUGUACCCGCCGCCGUACUAUGGCAGCUACGUCCCGGUGCAAUACCCGGUCAACAACUGGCGUUAA